AGCAAGGCGGAAGUGACAGGAUUCCCGCGCUCUGUGUGAGAAACCAAAGAUUGCAUAUUGCUUAGUGUCUGUAGCUUCAGCGUGUCUUCCAGUUGGAUCUACGCUUUGAAAACGUAGCAAUGGGAGAUAUCAUGGAAUCGCCCAGAGUCCGUAUCAACAGCAGCAUGCUCUCUCAGUAUAUCAACAAGCCUGUCUGUUUUGUGGGGCGAGUGGAGAAGGUUCACCAAACAGGCACCUCUUUCCUUCUUUCAGACGGAGAUGGUAAGAAUGCAUCAGUCGAGCUCAGUGAACCCCUAAUGGAAGAGUUAAGUGGCAUUGUAGAGGUUUUAGGACGAGUUACAACAAAAGCAACCAUCAUGGCGAGCACAUAUAUGCCAUUCCGGGAAGACCAGAACAGUUUUGACUUGGGUCUUUACAAUGAAGCACUGAAAGUUAUUCAUGAUUUCCCCCAGUACUAUCCUUUUGAAGUAAGGGCAAGUGAAUAGUGGACUCCCCCCCUUCCCCUAGUAUCGCCUGAAAAAGACCUAAACCAAUAUUGAUCGAGAUGACUGACCUCUUUUAGUGAAUGGCCUUGGUUUUUAUUUUUAGAUGACCUAAUGGAUUUAAUAUCUUGCAGUUCAAUUGACCUCUGUAAACAUGCAUGGAAAGUUAACUUGAAAGAGUUUGGAUAAUACAAACUUGAUGACGCUACAUAUAUUUGUAUUUGUUACAUAUUUGUCUAUGUUUCUUACAUUUUUCUCCCCAUUAGUAAACAUGCGUCACACUUUGGGAACUGAAGGUUGGAAUAAAUAAAAUUUCUGUGAUAGUA